AUGCCACCCUCACCAUGCAUGAGGUGUAACUCACAAAAGGCCGUCGUUAAGAGGCCGAAGAACCACCACAAGCUCUGCAAAGAUUGCUUCCUAGCAGUGUUUGAAGAUGAAGUGCACCAUACGAUUAUUUCAUCCAGGUUAUUUAUACGAGGCGAAAAGGUCGCCAUAGGUGCAUCGGGUGGCAAAGAUUCAACAGUUCUUGCAUCGGUUCUCAAGACACUGAACGAAAGACAUGAUUAUGGCCUUGACCUCGUGCUGCUCAGCGUAGACGAAGGUAUCAAGGGAUACAGAGAUGAUUCUCUAGAAACCGUGAAACGCAACGCGGUUCAAUAUGAAAUGCCCCUCAAGAUUGUUGGUUACGACACGCUAUAUGGCUGGACCAUGGACCAAGUUGUCGAGACCAUUGGAAAGAAGGGAAACUGCACAUACUGUGGUGUUUUUAGACGACAAGCACUUGAUCGCGGCGCGAAAUUGCUAGAGAUCAAGCAUGUUGUCACCGGACACAACGCGGAUGAUGUCGCCGAAACAGUCCUCAUGAACCUCCUCCGGGGAGACCUUUCCCGCCUCUCAAGAAGCACCAGUAUUGUUACAGGGAACUCAUCUAACGACGUCAAGAGAAGCAAGCCGCUCAAAUACGCGUACGAAAAGGAGAUUGUUCUCUACGCACACCACAAAAAGCUGGACUACUUCAGCACCGAAUGCAUCUACAGCCCCGAGGCCUUCCGUGGGACGGCGAGAAGUUUAAUUAAGAACCUAGAGAAAGUCCGCCCCAGUGCUAUUCUUGAUAUCGUCCGCAGCGGCGAAGAUCUGGCCCGCCUGACCCCGGACAAGGGCCAGGCAGCAUGCGCGUGUGACGAUAGCGAGGGCAGCGGUGGCUGCGGCUCUGCGAAUGCGGCAACAUCUGGAAGUGAGUUGGCGCAAAUGGAGGCUAGCAUCAAGCAACAAAAUGACAAUACGGCACUUGAGACCGAGGUCAUAUCCAAACCCAAGGAGGACACGGUCAAGCUUCCAAUCCGACCAAGACAGCGCAAAGGCCAAAGACGAGAGGCAGUACCCGGUCAGCUGCAGACCCUCGGUCGCUGUAUCCGAUGCGGCUAUAUGUCGAGUCAAGAAAUUUGCCAGGCAUGCACAUUGGUAGAGCGACUCAAUAAAAAUAGAGCAGAUAUAGCAAUAUAA